AGUAUAUUCACCUAAGCACUUCUAGAACCCCACGCGUCCCGAGACCAAGACCAAGAUCAAGAGAGACCCCAGCCCCAGCCCGUCACCCAAAGUUGAACCCAAACUCCGGGUCCUCUCCCUGGAUCCAUUUGAUUUGAUUCGAUUUGAUUUGAUUUCGUCCAGUUCAGCCCGGGUCAAUCACCACCACAUUUCAACCUAAAUCCAGAGUAACAACACCAUCAACAAGAAAUCCUCGGCGGGCGAUUCCAAACCCAUCGUCGGCGACACCAUCACCAGGGACCUGGACGUCGCCUCUGAGGCACACACCUACCAUACCGCCAGGGCCUUUCGGCUCCAGUCUGCUUUUGUUCCGUUCCACCUCUGGGUUGGGAAUAGCACCAUCACGUCACAGUUCAGACUGAGCCCCCCCGAGCCCGCACCCGCACCCCGAAGCUGACCGUGUGCAUCCAUCGAUAUCGACCUCGAUACACCUCGAAAAAUAGCAUGCGACCUCCCGCUCCUGCUCUUGACGUUAUCGCUGGCCAAACACAGAUUGCGCAAGCUGCGGCCGCGGCAAGCCCAGCGCACAUCAACACCAUGGAACACCACGGGCAAGGACAAGUACAGGCACAGGAACAGGCACAGGCUCAGGCACAAGAACAAGGACAAGGACAAGCACAACAGCGACAGCCGUCGCCCCUCGCCGUAGUCAUGGACGCCGAAACUAGAGACUCCCGAUCGUCCUCGUCCACAAACUCCCCCCUGCCUCGCGACAAUGACGAGUCCGACUUCUACGGCGUGAACAACGAUUCAGAGUCGUCGCUGGGCGUCAUGCCCAACCUACAAGACAUGCAGGUUAACGACCAAGAAUGUCUACCCCCCGCCGCCACCCUGCCCAGCGAGAUCCUCAUCAGCAUCUUCUCUCGUCUCAGCUCCCCCGCCGACAUGUUCCGAUGCAUGAUGGUAUCGCGGCGAUGGGCUAGGAACGUGGUAGAGAUGCUCUGGCACCGUCCUACCUGUACCACAUGGCCCAAACACACCAUGAUCUGUCAGACUCUGCAGCUGCCGAACCCGACUUUCACAUAUCCCGACUUUAUCAAGCGCCUCAAUCUGGCAACCCUCUCGGAUGAUGUGAAUGACGGAAGCGUCAUGCCUCUUGCCGUAUGCACCCGCGUCGAGCGCCUUACUCUGACUAACUGCAAGGACCUCACCGAUGCUGGACUCAUGGCUCUUGUCCAGAACAGCCCACACCUUCUCGCCUUGGAUAUCUCCCAAGACGACAAGAUCACCGAGCAGUCUGUCUUUGCCAUUGCCGACAACUGCCCCAGAUUACAGGGACUGAACGUGACCAACUGCAAGCGCAUCUCGAACGAGAGUAUGAUCAAGCUGGCCGAAGCUUGCAGGUACAUCAAGAGGCUCAAACUGAACGACUGCAACCAACUCAACGACGACGCAGUUCUUGCCUUUGCCAACAACUGCCCGAAUAUCCUCGAGAUCGAUCUUCACUCGUGCCACAACAUUGGCAAUGAGCCUGUCACGGCCCUGCUAGCCAAUGGUCAGUCCCUCCGAGAACUCCGCCUCGCCAAUUGCGACUUGAUCGACGACUCGGCCUUCUUGUCUCUGCCCUACAACAAGAUGUACGAGCAUCUCCGUAUCUUGGACUUGACUUGCUGCGCUCGCCUUACCGAUCGGGCAGUCGAGAGGAUCAUCGAUGUUGCCCCCCGUCUGCGCAACCUCGUUCUCGCAAAGUGCGGAAACAUCACUGAUGUCGCUGUUUACGCCAUCUCGCGCUUGGGAAAGAAUCUCCACUACGUGCAUCUUGGACACUGCCGCAAUAUCACGGAUGAAGCAGUUAAGAAACUCGUCCAGGCGUGCAACAGAAUCCGCUACAUCGACCUGGGAUGCUGCCAGCAUCUCACCGAUGAGUCUGUCAUGAGGCUAGCAACAUUGCCAAAACUCAAACGUAUUGGCUUGGUCAAGUGCAGUAAUAUCACUGACGCCAGCAUGUAUGCUCUUGCUAAGGCCAACGAGCGAGCUCGGUCACGGAGAGAUGCCAACGGCAACGUCUCGACCAAUUAUCACCACAGUAGUAGCAGUCUUGAACGAGUUCACCUGAGCUACUGCGUCAACUUGACUUUGCCUAGCAUCAUCCGCUUGUUAAAUGCUUGUCCCAAGCUCACACAUCUCAGCUUGACUGGUGUCACUGCGUUCUUGCGCGACGAUCUGGAGGCUUUCUGUCGUGAAGCCCCACCUGACUUCACAGACCAUCAGCGACAGGUCUUCUGUGUCUUUUCUGGCCCCGGUGUCAGUGGACUGAAGCGUUUCUUGAACACAAAGCCCGAAUUCGCCCAGUUCCACAAUGGCGAUGAGAACUUGCGAGUCGCCCCUGUUCCCCACGUGGACAUGGAUGGAUUCGAGGAUAAUGAUGUGGUCGAGGAUGAUGACAUGGGCGAUGGUAGUGAAAUUGCCCUCGGCCCAGAUAACGACGAGCCUCAGAAUAACACGAUUCCUCCGCCACCUCCGCCACCACAAGCACCACAGAUUCUAGGUCUAAACACAACUCAGGGUAGCUGGUUUGAUCACGCUUCCAGAAGCCAUGCUGCCAUGCAUCAAGCAGAUCCUAAUGUAUCCAUACCGGCUGUUGCACUCGACACAUUCGCGGUACCCGCACCCGUCAUUGGAUCCACUACACCUACACAGGAGACGCCCACGAUCCAGAACCUACCGAUAUUCCAGCACCAGGAAUCCAGUCUCAGAGGGCCCAGCACAGCCACAGGCAAUGUCUCUGGAGGCCCUGGCCAAGCACAUGCCGGUCCCAGUACGGCCACCAUUCAGAGUAUCGAACAAGACGAUGAUGAAGGCUCCAUGGACUAGACAUACCACAUGGUCACUGAAUGAAGCCUUCCCUGGUUUGUGUUGGCACCAGCCAUGUCUGAGCAAGCCGACUGCGUUAAUAUUGCAUACCUACCAAGGUUUACACAAAUAAGCUUGCACUUUUGCCGCUGACUAGAGCGCGGCAAGGACACUCUACUAGCUCUGUUUAUAUCGAGCAGAGAGCUUUAUGUCAGAGUGACGCACGGCUACUCGCCGAACGAUCAUAUUGCAAGUUUGUCUCAGGGUGUUACAGUCACCAAGGUGAUAUUGUGAGCGUAUAAGGGCAUCUUACACCGCGUU